AUGGGUACCUGCCAGAGUGCCGAAGAAAAACAAUUGGCAAUGAAGAGCAAGGCGAUUGAUAAGGACAUGAUGCAGAGUCAUCUAUCACAACAGAAGGUCGUCAAACUGUUGCUGCUCGGUGCCGGCGAGUGUGGGAAGAGUACGGUGCUCAAGCAGAUGAGAAUCCUGCACGACCACGGCUUCACAGAAGAAGAAGCCCUCCAACAGAAAGGGGUCGUCUACAACAAUACAGUACAAGCCAUGGCCACCGUACUCCGAGCACUCCCACAGCUCAGUCUACAGUUCUCCGAUCCGGCUAGAGAGGCGGACGCGCGGAUCGUGCUGGACGUGCUGAAGGCGGGCCAGGAGGAUGCUUGUAAUCGGGGCAAUGAAUUCCAGCUCACCGAGAGUGCACCAUACUUCCUCGACAACCUGGAGCGAAUCUCGAUGCCCGACUAUAAGCCGUCAGAGCAGGAUAUUCUCCUGUCUCGGAUAAAGACCACCGGAAUCGUCGAGGUCAAGUUCCAGAUGAAGAAUGUCGAUUUCCG